AUGGGCUGGUUUGGAAAGCAGGCGGAGGAUGUUGUUGACAGCGAUCUAAAGUCGUACUACAAGCAGCAGACUUUACAGGAAAAGCCUGCUGAGCCGCCGCGAACCGCCGCGGAGGUCCAGCCGCAGUCCGCGACCUUGGAAUCGCUGACCCAGCCUAUUCCAGAGGCCAAGCUGCAAUCUAGGGACAAAACCGUCAGCCAGAUUGCCAUGGACAAUUGCGUGGAAUACGAGAAGGCGUUUUCUAAUUGUUUGCUACGAGGAACUCUAUGGGAGCGAUUCACCAGCUGUCCAACCCAGAAAACCAUGCAUGACAAGUGCGUAGAACUACAGACCCUGGCUCUGCAAGUGCUUAAUUUCGAACAGGCAGGCGAUGACGAGACGAAAAUGAAAAUCAAGGCGCAGGCAGACGACCUGAUGAUUCGGCAUGUUCCUAAUCUGACGAUCACGGAAGCCAAUGUCGAGGCAUUCAAGAGUGCACUUUCUUCGGAGUAG